CAAAAUGGCGACUGCCGCUAGGGUAACCGUUCGCUAAUGCUCAAAAUACCAAGGCAUAAGGUAAAAGAACAAUUAAUUCCCACUAUCCUUGAAAGCAGCACAGGUCGCCUUUGUCAAGACAUGCUCCUACUGUUGUAAUCCGUCGAAAGGUAAAACACAUUUCGAAAGUUUUAUUUCAUCGCUUAGUUUUUACUCACUUUUGACUCAGCCUGUUCUGCCCAGUUCUGGUAAAUUCUGCUGACUGUACGUUGUGAAACAUUCAGAGGAAAACCCAGAUGUUUCGAAACUGUUGGAGAGAGAAGGAACUCUAAUCUGCUAGAAGUCAAACAAUAAAACUUCCCGCUUAAGGAAAUGGAAACCGCCUCAGGGGGAAGCACAGGGCUCUUCCGACUUAACCCGUGUAUGUGUGUGUGACAGGCUCAUAUAUCGCUGUCACAAUCACAACAUGUCACUACAGCCACUCUUUUCCUGCUGGCGAAAUUCGUCUCACGUGUCAGAACAACAAGGGUGAAACGGAGCCAGAAUUUCAACAUUUCAGAGGUUUUCCCAGCUGGCUGUAAUUUUUGUGCCCAGAUGUCACAAAACUGGUUAAAUUAGGUUAAAAGUCAAAGCUGUGCAGAUAAAUGCCAUUUUAAGUGCGAAGUCUCUACUUUAUGGUUAUGAUUAGGGUUAUUUUGCUGAAAAUUAGAUGAAAAGUAGGAUAAUACUUUUGAUUUAAGAGCUUAGCUAGCACCAAAGUCAAGAUACAUAAAAUAGAGUUAUGGAUUCAGACGACAAAUUAAUUAAUUAAUUUAUUUUUUUAUGCUUGAGACAAUGAAGUUUAUUUUGGGCCACUACUGUGAUCACUUUAUUCAUUUUUUUCUCCUUCUUCUAGUCCUUAAAGCUACUAUAAGGAUUUUUUAAUGCUACACAAAAACAAUUUAGACUGACUGUUUUUAUAUCUUAAUUUCUAAAGCCUCAGGUGUCAGCCAAGCAGCAGAGUAUGUUUUCUAUAUUAAAAAACUCAUAUGAAAUGAUACACUUGACUACUUAAAGCUCCUGUGGGGAAUUUUUUAAAGGGAUACUCCGGCAUAAAAUUGAGUUAGGGUCAAACACACCGUAACACCGAGUUAGACACCCCGUUGAGUGAUUAAUGUUGCUGACCGCUUGCUUCUCUAGUUAUACCAACUUUAGUAACCGCAAAUAGCAAUACACUAGUGGCUAGUGCUGUUGCUAGGACCCUAUAUGUACUGUUGAUGAAUUGAGGGGCUGUUCUGAGCAUUAUUUGUGGCUAUAGUGUGGCGUUUUGGUUGUGCGCGUGGCUUUCUGUAUUGCUACCCCUGCGGUUGUUACUAAAGUUGGUAUAACUAAAGAAGCAAACGACCGGCAACAUUCAUUUCUCGAUGGGGUGUCUAACUCUGUGUUACUGUGUGUUUGACCCUAAAUUAAUUUUAUGCCGGAAUAUUCCUUUUAAAUUCAUAAAAUGGACUGAAAUUAAUUUUGGUACAAGAUUAGCAGUUUGUUGUUGUUAUUUUCUUAACCAUUAAGCUAAAUAAACAAACAAGAACAGUCACAUGUUUAUCGUGGCUUGAGUCAUGUUUCUGUUUUUAGAAAUAUGAUAAGCACGAUGAAACCACAACCACGUGUUAAUUUGUUGUUGUUGAGGGAAAUCCCUGCCCAGAGGAUCAUGUUUAUAAGUGUUUUUGUUUUUUUUAAGACAAGAUAAAGAAAUGCAAUAAAAAAAUUGAAGUAAGAAGAGUUCAGGCUAUGCAAUGAUAGUUUUUGCCUGUCAUCAUGUUGAAGUGCUAUUCUAGAGUCUGCUAACUCUGGAUCUAACUUCUCAUACCUUUUAAAUCUAUUUGAGUCCUCACACUCACUCAUGUCAAAAUUAGGAUGUUGCAAUGACUGUACAGUCGUUUAGCAGGGCUAGACGACCAACAAGUUAAUAAUAACGCCAUAUAUAUAAAUCCCUGUAAGCCCCUUAAAACCCAGACCAAGAAAAACAAGCAUCAGGUUGUUUAAAUCUGUUUCAGCAACCAGCCUGGAAUAUUUCAGAUGAAACUUACCUCUCUUGUGGCAUUGCCCCUCUAAAAAGAGAAGUAUACUGUGUCCUGACUGUAAAUGUGUCACUUCUUCAGCAUACAGCUGUGGUCCAGACAGAAGUUCUCAGUGGGCACACAUCCGUAAACUUACUACUCUUUUCGUUUUCACUGGGAAAUUUUAGCUGUUUUCUCAGGAGCCUGUCUGCAGAAGCACGUAAAACCAUAAACCGAUGCUGCGUUCCAGUUACCUUGGAAGUCUGAUGUCGGAGCUGUGGGAAAACCAAGAUGGACACCUACAGUUAGCCGUUGUUUACAAUUGUCAGCUAUUGUUAGCUGCUGUCAGUAGUUGUUAGCGGAUGUCAGUUGUUGUUAGUUGUUGUUAGCUAUACCAUUUGUAAACAACUCAUAACACAGUAUUUUUCUCUUACAAACGCCAUAGCACCGUGUUCACAGUUAGACGUUGGGCAGUACAACAUAUACCACUUAUUGAAUUUCACAAAAACAAAACAGAGGUGCAAAUAAAUAAUACUUUACGAGAGCUUUUACUGCACUGCGCUGCCAUCUUGGAUUAUGACAUUGUCGUCAAGUUGGGGUUGGACCGUCCAACUUUCCGAGUCGGAUAUGCGACUUCAGGGGGGCAUUGCAAUGACUGCGCAAUCAUUCAUUAAGGCAAGACGACCAACAAGUUAAUUAUAACGCUGUAUAUAAUAAUCCCUGUAAGCGUUUCUCCCCAUUUCUCAAGAGCCUGUCUGCAGAAGCACGUAAACCACUGACUUACCUACACUUAAAUAGACAUGGCAGCAUGUUUUGGUUUGGCGGAUCACAGUGACUUUUCUAUUUUUUUUUUAUGGUCUAUAAACGAGGGUGUAAAAAAAGAGCUCGCCAUAAAUAAUUGUUGAGAAGAGAUAAGAUUAAAAAAUAAGCACGACCUUAAAAAACACUGCUGAAAUUAACCUGUUAAAGUAAAACAACAGAUUGAGUUAAAAUCUGCAGAAAACAGACUGAAGUUUGACCAAAAGUACACAAAGAGAUUAAAAUGCGGAUGUACGUCCGCUAGGAGCUUCCGUAUGGAGCUGGAAUGAGGGCUGUCGCCGCCUCAGGGGACUGUUUUAUCAUCAGAAUCAGAUAUUUAUGUUUUUAAAUCUACAUAAGUAUUCUGUAAGUUUUGGGAUAUUUUUUCAACAUACUAUCCUCUCGUGUAUUUCUCUUUAUGGACGCCUCGCCAUGGGGUUUCCCCCAUUACAUCACGUGUAUGAGGCUUGUAUGGGCAGAGCUCUUCACGGCACAGUUUAUGUUGAUACCGGUCUGUGUGUGUGUGUCAGUGUCUCUGCUCCUGUCGUAGGCUGAAGCUGCUUCUCUAACGAUGGCCUACGGCAGGUCCAGUUUAUCCAUCUCUCUCAGCAAAUUAGCUUUUAUUGUCGUCCUUUUGCUGCUUUUUGGCGAAACGUUUGUUAAAGGUAAGUCACGAAGUUAAUUAUUUACUCGAAGUAGCGAUAAAAGUGAUAAUGUAAACUGGAUAGUUUCCCGGAUGCAACCGGUAUUUUUUGUGUCUAACGCCUUUUAACGUUUUUUUUUUAAACCUGUUUUCCGUUGAUACAGUUGGCCGUUGCCCUGGCAAAGAAUCUUUUUGAUUACCAUAGCAACCACUGCACGGUUAGUUAUUUCAGCUAACGUUACCGAUUUUCCUCUUUGUUUCGGCUGCUGUAACAAACAAAUACACCUACAACUUUUAUUUAAGACUCUCAGUGGAGACGUGUUCUGAAGCUUUGUUUAGUUUUUGUGUUCUUAUUCCUCUUUUUUGAGUCUGAAGUGACAAAAACCGAGAUUUAAUGACCAUAAUUGAGAUGAGAACGAUUUUUAUACUCUCUUCUUUUACACCGCAACUUUACAUGAAAUAAAUGAACAUUUGUUGAAGUAAAACUAAUAAUUUAAACUGGAUAGUUACCCGGAUGCAAUCUGUGAACGAUAUUUUGUGUUUCUAACGUCUCUCAUCGGUUUUUCUCAACUGUUUUCCGUUGACACUCGUUGCCCUGGCAAAGAAGCGUUAUUGAGAACCAUAGCAACCACUGGACGGUCAGUUAUUUUAGCUAACCUGACCGUUUUUCCUCUGUUUAGAACUACUAUUACAAACACACCUACAACUUUUAUUGAAGACUCAAAGCAUAGACGUGUUUUGAAGCAUUGUUUAUUUUUUGUGUUUUUAUUCCUCUUUUUUGAGUUUGAAGUGACGAAAAAAAAAGAUGUAAUAACUUAAAUUAAGAUGAAAACGGUUUUUGUGCUCUCUAAUUUCGCAGUGUAACUUAACAUAAACUGAAAUGAACACUUGUUGGAAAAAAACAGUAUUUUUGUCAUUUCACUUUUUCAUUUUUAUUAUUUUUUUUCAAACAUGUGCAUGCAACACCAAAAGUAAACUUAAAACAAACAAACAUUACCAGUGAGAAUAUUCAAAACAACAAUAACAAUAAUGAAAGCAAAAUAAAAAUAAAAAAAUAAAAACUAAUAAUGCAAACCCAACAUGUCCGAGAAGGAGUAGGAUGAAGCAUUAUGCCUUUUUUUUUAAACUUACCCCUUCUCCUUUUCUCAGAUAUAUCAGUCUGUCUCUGUAUUUUUAACAAAAAAAUACAACAUAAAUAGAAUAAAUAAGUACAUUAAUCCAGCUACUUAUGUGCUGUAAUAAUCAGCAAAGCUGUGUAAAGAUUUCUUUUUGAAUUUUAUCUGGGAGCAUUUUGUUGCAGUAGACUUAUUGCUGUAGAUAAGCUUUGGUAUAAGUCUCAGCAGGCCUGUGUUCCCCUUUCAACCUCAUCUUUUGUUGUUUCCGACAACAAACUUGAGCCUGUUUUGCUGAAGCAUGAUCACAUGCUCUCUGACUCCAUCUGCUGUGUCAUCGGGGUUUGCGGUUUGGGGUCUAGACCUCAGUCUGAAGCUUUGUCAUGCACAACACCUGGUUUAUCAUGUAGGGAGGGUUAUCUAGUUUGAUAAAACAGUAUCGACUGCUCAUAUUAAGUCACCGCUGUUGAAUCAUAAGUGGUGAGCUCAGGUCUGUCACUAUACCCUUUGUCUUAGCUCUUCUUUUUCUUUCUUUCUUCCUCAGGUCAGCCACAGGUGAUUGGGUCGACUCAGCCAAUUGUAGCCUCCCUGGGUGAAGACGCCAUCCUGCUGUGUCAGGUGGAGCCUCCAGCUGAUGUGACCGGGUUGACGGUUGAAUGGUCAAAGCCGGACCUCCGGUACGAUCCAAACAAGCAGGGCUGGGUGGAAUAUGUGCACUUAUACCGAGACUACCGCGAGGUCCCAGAUAUGAAACUAUCAUCGUACGUCAGAAGAACGAAGCUCUUCACAAACGAGCUGAGACAGGGGAACAUAUCCUUGAAAAUCAGUAAUGUAACUCCUGAAGACGAGGGGAGUUACAGGUGUUACAUUCCAAAAUUGAGGAGCAGAGCACGAUCAGCAGUUGUUCACCUUGUUGUUGGUGAGUUCAAGUAUUGAUAUCAAGUCACUUUUUGCCCUAAAACCAAAUUUACAGUCCAUAUUUUUUACCUUUUAUCUUGUCUCUCUUUCAUUUGUUCCAAAUGUUUAUAAAAGCUCUUUUUUUAAUUACAGGAUCACACUCUUCGAAAACAACAGAGACACCACCGCAACUCACAAGUCUCCCGAGUCCUAAUUUACGGGGAGGAACAAAUAUUACAGGUGAGGAUGGGCUGUUGUUUCUUUUUUUGUCUUUAGUGUUUCAUAUUUGAUAUCAGACACGUUGCAAAAGUUUCCUUUUCAAUGAUAGCAGUUGUAAAAAUCUUUAUGACUUCAUUUGACUGAGUCGCUGUCAAACAAGUAUUUUUUACAACAUACCGUAACAUAUGAGUAACCCCAUCUCAUCAAGGAAACAAUGAGCACAUUCAUAAAGACAAUAGCGCUAAUUUCAAAGAAGGAAGUCUGAUGAAGAAAAUGUUGUUGGAUUCAUUCCAGGUGGUUUACCAAGAAGCAGACUGGCCCUGAUUGGAGUUUUAAUUGUCUUCCUGAUGGUCAUGAGUUUAGGAGUCAUCUGUUUCUUGUUACAGAAGUGUGAAGAAGAAAAGGUGAGUCAGAGUUAAAACAUUUUUCUAGAUAUUAUCAGAUGGAAAACAAAAGGAAAACACUCAAAUCUGCAUGACUAAAAUUAUCAAGGAUGGUUUUUUUGUUCCUCUUCUGAUGUUUUUCUUUCUUUUCCUUCCAGCUAAUAAAAGUAUUGAUAAUCUAAGCGCCUCAUGAAAGGACAGAGCCAACUGCACCACGCACGCCUGGAUCUUUUUGACUAACUGUGAAUGAAAACAAACAUCAUCUCCAGACACGGAGUGAAGCACUAAAUCUGCAUUUUUUGUAAUUCAUCAUUUGUUUAUUUAUUUUUCAAAAAGAGGAAUGUUUUGGGAAAAUGUGCGGAGAGUUAAAGUAUUAUUAAUACAUUUACACACAAGAACAACAGAUUAUUUAUAUAGUUGAAUUUUUACUGUUACUUUGAGUAUUUUCAACUAAAAACUGGUUAAAAAAAAAGCUGGCCUUUUUUUUUUUCAUUUAGAUUUUUUUUACUGUGACCUUAUUGCCUCUUGUGAGUUUUGCACUAAAAAUCCUCUUGCACUGUUCCUCUGAUAGUUUGUUCUUUUGUUUUACAUCGAGAUGUGAGUGCUGUGCUGUCUCCUAAUUGCAGAUAAAUCAUCACAUUUGUAGAUCACAUUGAUUAUUUGGUCAAGACUUUGACUACUGAGUUAAAAACUACCUAAUGUGGCAUGUUCUUUUUGCCUGUCGUGUCCUGUGUUAUUUACUGAUUUAGUUUCAAAGUCUGUUUGUGUUUUAAAUCAUCUAAAAAAAUAUUCUGCACUUUAUAUUUUGAAAAUGUUGAGUCACCACUACAUUAGAAUGGAAAAAAAGUUUUGUUUGUUUGUUUUUAUACAGUAAAAAUCUGUCUAUGACAACGAUAACUGUGUAUUUUAUAUCCUGUCACCACCCUAACUGUGCUAAAGUUCAGUGUUUACUCUCAAAGCUUUGAUAAACAGCAGCUAACGUCUUUGAGUUAACCUCUGUCUGUUAUUAGUCAUGUUAAGAUUACACUCCAAGUAUGAUGUUUAAUUAAAUAGUUUUGUGCAGAACUCCAA